AUGUACCUGGCUUAUGGUACACAUGACGACUACCGCAAAACAACCAAUCAGAUUUUCUUUAUGCUUGAUGUGAUUCGCUGGGCAUGUCGUCGUCGCACCAGCGACACGGACAGCGGCACCAAUGUGUCCACGCCACCGAAUUCUCAUGCUACUGGACCCGGCUCUGCGCUGGCCCGACCUCCCGCUGCAACGUCAUCCGCAUCGUCCGUGUCGACACCAUCCCCUCCGCCUAAUUCGCCAGCACGUCGACCGCACGUAGCUCCCAUGGGGCGUCAGGCCGCCAUCCACGCCACCCCAACUGCCCCGAGACGCAAACACAAGGCCACACCACCGCGUCAACGUCCCAGUAGCCCAACCACAGCAACACAGGCCGUCAAGAGAAGGAGGAAGCCCGGCGAGCAUGCAAAUUGCAACAGGCGAGGACGCCAGAACUUGGACGGCAGCCACCACAAAUCAGCACAUCAUGCACACGAACAUGCUCUCCGAUUUUGCUUGCCUUGCUUCAGUCGGCGCGAACGUGUGGGCCGCUCGUCGCGGAUAGUGCUGCCGGCUUAUCCACGGCUGCGGCAGCAGUGUCUACGAUAG